AUGCCUGCAUACCACUCAGUCUUCCUCGAUGAGCCCAACCAACAAGUCAUUGGCAACUUUUCCCUACUGCCACUCCGUACCAGAACCCGUGGCCCGGCUAUGCAACUUCCCGCCCUUUCCGGCGAUGUAACAGAACUCACCAUCGAUGCCUCACAUGAAAGCUACGACCCGCUGGACGAGACACUGGCUUUGUUCCGUGCAAACACCUUCUUCCGCAACUUUGAGAUCAAAGGGCCCGCCGACCGUGUCCUGAUAUACGGUAUUCUGUUCGUCAGCGAAGUUAUCCAGAAGAUCAAGCCUCAGAUGUCCAGGAGAGAUGCCGAGAAGGCCGUCAUGAAUCUCGCUCUCGACACAAACUUUGCCAUUCCUGGCGACGCCACAUUCCCUCUCAACCAGGCCUUUGAGCCUCCGCGGGACAGACAAGAAGCAGAGGUCUUGAGACAGUACAUUAGCCAAAUGAGACAAGAGCUGGCCACCAGAUUGUUGAACAGGAUAUACGCAGACGGAGAUGCUCCUAGCAAGUGGUGGUUGAGUUUCACAAAGAGAAAGUUCAUGGGCAAGGCCCUUUAA